AUGUCGACUGGUGAUGAACUAGAUGAUCGCCCUCCUCCUACGGUUAUUCAUGUCGCUCCGUUCCGUGAAGAUAGCCCAGAGUUCUCUGCAUUUGGUACCCAUGCACAGCGAGCAGCAGUAAUAUCUGCUGGUGUCGGGAUGUCACUGGUUAUCUUUCUGUUCCUCUCCGUAUUUUUCGAAUUCGACUGGUAUCAUCAUGAAAAAGGCAUCGAUUUAGGUGCACUCAGUGAGUUCUUAGCUUGUGUUCGUCGGUCUACUGCUGUUCCUCAUUGGCGGCAUGUUGAUUCACUGGUACGUUGUUCGUGGAAUAAAAGAUGGCCAACCUCGCUAUCUUGUCCCAUUCGUUAUCGUUUACACGGUGGUACUUCGUACUUGAAGCAUUCUUCUUCAUCUUAUCGCUUAUUAAAUCAUAUUGUCGUUCUGAGCUAUCUGAAGACCGUGCCUCCUCAGACAUCAUCGGGUUACGUGAUUGUAACGGCCAUGUUCGUAUUUGCUAUGGGUGUACAAGGUGUAAUGCUCACAGCUGUAGUAAGGUGCAGGAAUUAUCUCGAAAAACGUCAGAUUCAUGAUCUAGAGAUGCGUGUCGCUGAGAAAAGUAAACUCCAGCACCCUGGCAUUAUCAUAGUGUUUGGAGCAGGUGAUCCAGCUCCGAAUAACAACUCUUCAUCUGGUGCCAAUCCGCCAAACUCGACCGAUGCCCCACCGUCUUACGAUAAUGCGACUCAGGCAGCGAACGGUACAGCUCAUUCAGCAACACAGCCGGCUCCUCAACGCACUGUGCUACAGGCUCAGGAUGGGAUUGUUUGA